AUGUCAGGAAUUGGAAAUAAGAGAAUGGCUGGAGAGCCUGGCUCUUCCCUGCCUCCGGAGAAGAAGACAGCCGUUGAAGAUUCAGGGACCACAGUGGAAACAAUUAAGCUCGGGGGUGUCUCUUCAACGGAGGAUUCAGACAUUCGAACACUGCAAGCCAAAAACCGCAAGUUGGCAGAAAUGCUGGAUCAGCGGCAGACCAUUGAAGAUGAGCUCCGGGAGCACAUUGAGAAACUUGAACGGAGACAGGCCACUGACGAUGCCUCCCUCUUGAUUGUCAAUCGGUACUGGAGUCAGUUCGAUGAAAACAUCCGUAUCAUCCUUAAACGUUACGAUCUGCAGCAGGGUUUGGGGGACCUUCUCACAGAGAGAAAAGCCCUCAUUGUGCCUGAACCAGAGCCGGACUCUGACAGCAAUCAGGAACGGAAAGAUGACCGGGACAGAGGGGAAGGACAAGAGCCAGCCUUCUCUUUCCUCGGUACUCUGGCCAGUAGCUCCAGUGAAGAGAUAGAAUCUCAACUGCAGGAGCGGGUGGAGUCCUCCCGCCGAGCUGUGUCCCAGAUCGUAACCGUCUAUGAUAAGUUGCAAGAAAAAGUGGAGCUCCUGUCCCGGAAGCUAAACAGUGGAGAUAACCUGACCGUGGAGGAGGCAGUGCAGGAGCUGAACUCCUUCCUCGCACAAGAGAACAUGAGGCUGCAGGGGCUGACGGACCUCCUUCAGGAGAAACACCGCACCAUGUCUCAGGAGUUCUCCAAGUUGCAGAAUAAAGUGGAGACAGCUGAGUCACGAGUGUCUGUCCUAGAGUCCAUGAUUGAUGACCUGCAGUGGGAUAUUGACAAAAUUCGGAAGAGGGAACAGAGACUCAACCGACACUUAGCAGAAGUCCUGGAACGGGUGAACUCAAAAGGUUACAAAGUAUAUGGAGCGGGGAGCAGUCUCUAUGGCGGCACAAUCACUAUUAACGCCCGGAAGUUUGAAGAAAUGAAUGCAGAGCUUGAGGAGAACAAAGAGUUGGCUCAGAAUCGCCACUGUGAGCUGGAGAAACUUCGGCAAGACUUUGAUGAGGUCACCACACAAAACGAAAAGCUGAAGGUGGAAUUGCGGAGCGCAGUGGAGGAAGUGGUUAAGGAGACUCCAGAAUAUCGCUGUAUGCAGUCACAAUUCUCCGUCCUCUACAAUGAGAGCCUACAGUUGAAAGCGCACUUGGAUGAGGCUCGGACCCUGCUCCAUGGCACCAGGGGGACCCACCAGCGCCAGGUGGAGCUCAUUGAGCGAGAUGAGGUUAGUCUUCAUAAGAAGCUGAGGACCGAAGUGAUCCAGCUAGAAGAUACCCUGGCCCAGGUCCGCAAGGAAUAUGAAAUGCUGAGGAUAGAAUUUGAGCAGACCCUUGCUGCCAAUGAGCAAGCAGGCCCCAUAAACCGGGAGAUGCGCCACCUCAUCAGUAGCCUCCAGAAUCACAAUCACCAGCUGAAAGGGGAAGUCCUGAGGUAUAAGCGGAAAUUGAGAGAAGCCCAGACUGACCUGAACAAGACACGUCUGCGCAGUGGCAGUGCCCUCCUGCAGUCUCAGUCUAGUACUGAAGACACUAAGGAUGAGCCUGCAGAGGUGAAACAAGAUCCCGAAGACUGGUCUGCCCAGUCCUCCGCAUCGAAGGCAUCUCAGGAGGAAGCCAACGAAAUGAAGUCCAAACGGGAUGAGGAAGAGCGAGAACGAGAAAGGAGGGAGAAAGAGAGGGAGCGAGAAAGAGAGCGGGAGAAGGAAAAGGAGAGAGAACGAGAGAAGCAGAAACUAAAAGAGUCAGAAAGAGAGAGAGAUUCUGCUAAAGAGAAAGAGAAAGGGAAACAUGAAGAUGUAAGGAAAAAGGAAGCAGAAAUUAUCAAACAAUUGAAGAUUGAACUCAAGAAGGCGCAGGAGAGCCAGAAGGAGAUGAAAUUGUUGCUAGACAUGUACCGCUCGGCCCCAAAGGAACAGAGAGACAAAGUUCAGCUAAUGGCAGCUGAGAAGAAGUCUAAGGCAGAGUUGGAAGAUCUAAGGCAAAGACUCAAGGAUCUAGAGGAUAAGGAGAAGAAAGAGAACAAGAAAAUGGCUGAUGAGGAUGCCUUGAGGAAGAUCCGGGCAGUAGAGGAGCAGAUAGAAUACCUGCAGAAGAAGCUGGCCAUGGCCAAGCAGGAGGAAGAAGCUCUCCUCUCCGAGAUGGAUGUCACAGGCCAGGCCUUUGAAGACAUGCAGGAGCAAAAUAUCCGCUUGAUGCAGCAAUUGCGGGAGAAGGACGAUGCCAAUUUCAAGCUAAUGUCAGAACGUAUCAAGUCCAAUCAGAUCCAUAAGUUACUCAAAGAAGAGAAGGAGGAGCUGGCCGACCAGGUUUUGACUUUAAAGACUCAGGUUGAUGCCCAGUUACAAGUAGUAAGGAAAUUGGAAGAGAAGGAGCAUCUGUUACAAAGCAACAUUGGCACUGGGGAGAAGGAGCUGGGUCUUAGGACACAAGCCUUAGAGAUGAAUAAGCGCAAGGCAAUGGAGGCAGCCCAGCUUGCAGAGGACCUCAAAGCACAACUGGAGUUGGCUCAGAAGAAGUUGCAUGAUUUUCAGGAAGAGAUUGUGGAGAACAGUGUCACCAAAGAAAAGGACAUGUUUAACUUCAAACGAGCCCAGGAGGACAUCUCCAGGCUCCGAAGAAAGCUGGAGACCACAAAGAAACCAGACAACGGGCCCAAAUGCGAUGAGAUUCUGAUGGAGGAGAUUAAGGAUUACAAGGCACGCCUGACCUGCCCGUGUUGCAACAUGCGUAAAAAGGAUGCUGUCCUUACCAAGUGUUUUCACGUCUUCUGCUUUGAGUGUGUGAAGACUCGCUAUGAUACCCGCCAGCGCAAAUGUCCCAAGUGCAAUGCUGCCUUUGGUGCCAAUGAUUUCCAUCGCAUCUACAUCGGUUGA